AUGGUCAACAUUCGCCAGGCGAGCGUUCACGACCUUUUACAAAUGCAGACUACCAACCUUUGGUGUUUACCAGAGAACUACCAGAUGAAGUACUAUUUUUAUCAUUUGUUGAGUUGGCCGCAGUUACUUUGGGUUGCUGAGGACUUUGACGGAAAGAUAGUGGGAUAUGUUUUAGCCAAAAUGGAAGAGGACGAACGUCAGCCCCGGCAUGGGCAUAUAACUUCGCUUUCCGUAUUACGAACACAUCGUAAGAGAGGAAUUGCAACUGCAUUGAUGCAACGGUCUCAGAAGGAAAUGGCAGAGGUGUUCGAAUCCGAAUAUGUCAGCCUUCAUGUUCGAAAAUCAAACCGUGCCGCUUUUCAUUUGUACAGCGUGACUCUUCGCUACGAAGUGAACGACGUCGAAAAAGGCUACUAUGCAGAUGGUGAGGAUGCCUACGAUAUGCGC